GCAUCGUAUAGCUUUCUAUGCGACAUAAAUACACGUCGCCCCGUAACCUCUAUCCCCCAAGUUCUUGUUUUCUCACGCAUCCACAUCAGUCCCAACAGUCAAUUUUUUUUCUUCUCUCCUUUUCUGGUUGUUUCUUUCGAAGAGCUGUGCUCAUACCUUCUUUUACUAUAUUUUUGACCAGUCCUUACAACCUUUCCGUUCGGUCACUCCUUUUUCCUGUUCGGUAUUCCAAUAUUCGUCAUGAAGAACUUCGGAUCUAUCCUUGUGGCCUUGGCCACCGCUGCCUCUUUCGGCAUCGCCUUGCCUACCCGACCCAACGCUGGUCUUGAGGCUCGCGUUCCCGGCAACUAUGUCUUAGGUUCUCGGGAUCCGAGGAGGCAGGGUGCCAGUGCUAGUGCAGGGAACGGAACGGCUAUCAUUGACUCCGACACCGCCAACAAUGGAACCGGCAACGCCAACCGGGGUAACAACCGACAAGGGAAACUCCUCGGCAACGGUGCUAACGACAACCCUCUAUCGCGUCUCAUCGGUGGUGGUAACAAUACCAGUGAUGACAACGCCGACGAUAAUGCCGACGAUGCUAGUAGCAACCCUCUUAAGGACCUUCUAGGCGGUGGUAACGUUGGCAACCUUCUCGGAAACCUCCUAGGUGGUGCCAAUGGCGAUAACAACAACAACCCGCUAGCCGAUCUUCUCAACGGCGGCAAUCUUGCGGACCUCCUAAGCGGAAAUAGCCCACUCGGAAAUCUCUUGGGCGGCGGUAACAACGCCAACAGCGGCAACUCUCUCGCAGAUCUACUCAACGGCGGUAACGCUGGCAACCUUCUCGGAAACCUACUAGGCGGCGCCAAUGGCAACAACGGCAACCUGCUUGGUCAGCUUCUAGGCGGCGGCCUCGGGAACCUCCUCAACAGCGGAAACCGCGCAGCCCAAGCCAAGCAGGGCAACAGCGCGGAUCAAGAAGAGUAAAAGACGACGACGAUAACAAUAAAAUAGACUCGAUAGUCCAUCGAGAAACGUUGUGAGCGGCGCCCGUUAAGCUAGGGCACCAUGUCGGGUACACGAGCGGUCAACAGGGUCGCUCACACACGACAAGGGGCGACGAGCAAGCACAAGCGUCGUC